AACGAAGAGAUUAUUAUUUGUGUUGGAAUUAAUUAGUUGCCAACCACAAUGAUCCCCUAGUCACUUUUGUCAUGAUCAAUAAUUGUGAGGUGCAGCGCGUCCUUGUUGACACAGGGAGUGCACCAGACAUCAUGUACUUCCAUUGUUUUGAAAGUCUUGGGUUGGAUCCUGCUAUGUUGCAGCGGUAUGAUGGUCCCAUCUAUGGAUUCAACAACCAGCCAGUCCCAGUUGAAGGAGUCCUCACCAUGAAUGUUGCAUUUGGAAGUGGCCGGAGUUAUGUGACUCCUUCAGUUAGGUUUCUGGUAGUCAAGAUGGCGUCCUCAUUCAACGUCGUCAUUGGCCGACCCACACCGACUGAAAUCCGAGCUGUGGUUUCCCAAUCUCACCUAUGCAUGAAAUUCCCAACUCCUACGAGAAUAGCAACGCUGCGAGGCAACCAGGAGGUGGCUCGACAUUGCUAUAUCACCUCGGUAACACAACCUCAGAAGGGCAAGGCUCAGACACCCGAUAUUAAUCCCAAACGGGUUCCUAAUGAUCGGCAAGUUAUGGGUGUUGAGAUAGUAGAUAACCGACCAGAAGAUGAAACCAGAGCUGCUCCAGUCGAAGAUGUGGAGGAGGUACAGAUUGAUGACAGAGAUCCGAGCCGGAAAACGCAAGUUGGGACUAAAUUGAACCCGGAGGAAAGAGCAGAGCUAAUAGCUUUUCUUCGGGCCAAUAAAGAUGUUUUUGCAUGGACUUCAGCAGAUAUGCCGGGAAUUCCCACUUCAGUUAUUAAAGAAGAAGUUGAGAAACUCCUACAAGCCGACUUUAUCAGAAGGGUAGAUUAUUGUGAGUGGGUCGUCAAUCCAGUGCUGGUGAAAAAAGCGAACGGUAAAUGGCGGAUGUGCAUUGAUUACACUAACCUCAACGAUGCAUGUCCAAAGGACUGUUAUCCAAUGCCAAACAUUGAUAAGCUGGUUGAGGCGGCUUCAAGAAAUGAGAGAUUGAGUCUCUUGGAUGCAUAUUCAGGGUAUCACCAGGUGCCAAUGGCUCCCGCAGAUGAAGACAAAACCUCGUUCUAUGCCGGCGAUGAAAUCUAUUGCUAUGUGAUGAUGCCCUUCGGCUUGAAGAACGCAAGUGCCACUUCCCAGAAGAUGGUCACCAUCGUAUUCCGAGCUCAAAUAGGUCGGAAUCUGGAAGUUUAUGUUGAUGAUAUAAUGGUGAAAAGUUUGAAAGCUGAGGAUCACUUAGUUGAUCUCGAGGAGACAUUCAACAAUCUCAGGAAGAACAGAAUGACGUUAAACCCAGCAAAGUGCAUCUUCGGUGUGGAGUCAGGAAAAUUUCUAGGCUUCAUGGUAUCUAGAAGGGGGAUUGAGGUCAACCCUGAAAAGAUCAAAGCAGUAGCCGAGAUGGAGCCACCGAAGUCGAUAAAAGAUGUAAAGAGGUUGAUGGGGAGAGUAGCAGCUCUGCAUAGAUUCAUUUCGAAAUCAGUAGAUAAAUGCUUGCCGUUCUUCAAGAUUAUGAGAUUGGCAGCCCAGAAGGAUGAAUCUGGUAAACAAAAGAAGUUUGAAUGGAAUCCAGAAUGCCAAGAUGCAUUUGACAAGCUGAAGUCUUAUCUUAGCUCACCUCCUUUGCUGACAAAGGCCGAGGAUGGAGAAAUCCUUUACUUGUACCUCGGCAUAUCAGAUGAAGCUAUCACAGCCUUAGCAGUUGUCACUUCGGCCAGGAAACUAAGACCGUACUUUCAAUCACACCUAAUCAUAGUCCUCACGGACCAGCCACUCAGACAAAUUUUGCAGAAGCCAGAAUGUUCGGGGAGAUUGAUCAAAUGGGCAGUUGAACUGGGCGAAUUCGAGCUCACAUUUCAGCAGAGUUGGAUUUUGUAUGUUGAUGGUGCAUCAAGUAACAAAGGUUCUGGCGCUGGUGCACUCCUACUUGGCCCAAAGGGGUAUCGAAGCGAACACGCUCUAAAAUUUAAUUUUGAUGCCACCAACAAUAUGGCCGAAUACGAAGCCCUGCUCCUCGGCUUACAGCUAGUGACAGAAUUGAAGGUUGAAGCGAUACAAAUAUACAGUGAUUCACAGUUAGUAGUCAAUCAGGUUAACUCAAUCUGCGAAGUGGUUGAUCCUAUUAUAAUGAAGUAUGCAACUCUGGUGGCCGAACUGAAAUCCAAAUUCCAGAAAUUCCAUUUAAGCAAAAUCCCUCGAGCUGAGAAUGAGCAAGCAGACUCCCUCUCCAAGUUUGCUUCAGAUGGCAACCAAAGCUCCAGAUCGAUCUUUGUAGAAAUUUUGGACGAGCCUAGCUUCUUUAAGCCACGAGUGAUGAAGGUCAGCACAGAUCCUAGCUCGUCGAGCUGGACAGAUCCAAUUAUCUCAUUUCUACGAGAUGGCACAGUGCCUACAGAUAAACAGGAAGAGAUGAGGUUGCGGAAAAAGGCAUCUCGGUAUACCCUUGUUAAUGACGUCCUCUACAAGAGAUCUUUCUCACUCCCUCUGCUCCGCUGCCUAACCCUUUACGAGGCUGAAUACGCACUUCGGGAGGUGCAUGAAGGUGUCUGUGGAAGUCACGUAGGUGCUCGAACUUUGGCCCAUAAAGUCCUUAGACAAGGUUAUUAUUGGCCCAACAUGUAUAAGGACGCCAUCCAGUUCGUACAGAGGUGUCAGAAGUGUCAGUUCUUCGCACAUCUGAUCCACCAGCCUGCAGAAGAGCUCACUACUCUGGUAGCACCUUGGCCAUUUGCUCAGUGGGGUCUUGACCUUUUAGCUCGGGCACUAUCCAGUCUUACCUCCAAGAAGGUCGAAGACUUUGUUUUCAACUUGAUUAUUUGCCGAUAUGGGAUCCCGAAUCAGAUUGUAGCUGAUAAUGGAACUCAGUUCAAUUGCUCCUCAUUCCGAGAUUUCUGUUCCAGUUACGGGAUUAAACUACAGUUCACCUUGGUUUACCAUCCGGAGUCCAACGGCAUGGUCGAAUCUGUUAACAAAUGCAUCUUAGAAGGUAUCAAGCUGAGGUUGGAACAGCACAAGGCCAAAUGGGCAGACGAGCUCAACAAUGUCCUCUGGGCAUACAGAACUACGAGCAGAACUAUCACAGGUGAAACACCCUAUCAUCUGGCUUUUGGCACCGAAGCAGUCAUUCCUAUCGAGAUAGGAGUCCCAAGCUUCAGGGUCACCCAUUUCGAUGAAGGACGAAAUGGACAACUGCUUCGGGAAAACCUUGAUUUGCUUGACGAAGUCAGAGAAGAAGCACGACUUUGAACUCUAGUCUACAAGCAAAAGAUAGCAAACUUCUACAAAAAACGAGUUCGACCCUGAACUUUCAAAGUAUGAGACCUUGUUCUCAGGAAAGCUAGCCUCACGGGGUUCGAAACUCGAUUUGGAAAGUUAGCACUAAACUGGGAGGGCCCCU